AUGUCUUCGCCCUUCCAAACAAUAGCCCUCUUCGGCUCGACAGGUCAUCUCGGCGCGUUCUUCCUUCAAGCUCUCCUCGAUCCUCCGAACUCAUCUUACAAGCCCACGAUUCGCACCUUCGUGCGUCCCUCCGAGAAGGAGGAGUUCGAGAACUUGCCUAAGGACGAGAGGAUUGAAGUUGUUGUGAGCGAAUUGAAGGAUGAGGCCGAGAUGGUGGAGAAGUUGAAGGGCGUGGAUGCCGUCGUCAGCGUGCUCAAUGGUCCAGGAAUCGAAGCGCAGUACGAGAUCCUAGAGGCGGCAGUGAAAGCGGGCGUCAAACGCUUCAUUCCCUCCGAAUUCGGCUCCCAUCACACUUAUCGCCCUCCAUCCUCCUCUGUUCACUACAACCCCGCCUUCACCUCCCUGACGCACGCCAUGUGGGACUCCAAAGCUAAGUUCAACGAGUAUCUUACUCUCCAUGCUGCUAUCGACGAGGGCACGCUCUCAUACACCAUCAUCGGCUGCGGCGACUUCUACAACCAAGCCUGGGAGCCAUUCUGGUGCCCGUGGGCGGAUGUCGGGAAGGUGAAGAGUCAGAGUGAGGUCGUUGUACCAGUCGUUGGGGACGCGGAAGCAAAGGCAGAGUUUUCGCAUAUCGGCGAUGUAGCAAAGUACACCGCCGCCCUCCUCUCCCGUGAUCCCAACAUCUCGGAGAACAAGACACUGAACUUCCCUUCGCACACAGUCUCACAAGCGCAUUGGGCUGAAUUGAUGGAGAAGUACUCGCCGACGCCGGUCAAGCGCCAAACGUUCUCGUUGGAUGAAGCGCACGGGAUCAUCGCCGAUCCUGAUUCGGCGCCUGAGGAGUUGAAGAGUACGAGUCCCUUCCCGCCGGAUUUUUGGUUCAUUGUGAAGAGCGCGCAAGGAGAGGGGAGGUUUAGGAGGCCGAAGGGCGAGGUUCAUAAGGAACUGUUCCCUGAAGUGGAGGUGUUGGGUUUGGAGGAGUAUUUUGAGGAGCAGUUCGGGAGUCGCAAGGUGUAG